AUGUUCGCCCGAUCCCGCGCUGUCUUGCGCUCGUCGCGCAUUGUGCACUCUUCGGUGCACCAAACCAUCGCUUGCCGCGCGCCCGCGGCGCGCCUCCUCGCGCCGGCGCUCAACAAGCCCAAGUUCAUGAGCUCGGUGGCGGCAACACUCGAGAACGUGGCGGCGAACCGUCCGAUCGCCUUUUGGCUCUUUGGCUGCGCUGGCAUGGUGGGCACGAUGGUCGCGGUGGGCGGUGCGACGCGCUUGACGCGCUCGGGCCUCUCGAUGGUCACAUGGAAGCCGCACGGCGGUCUCCCGCCCAUGAGUGCGGAAGAGUGGAACCAAGAGUUUGAGCUCUACAAGACGUUUCCCGAGUGGCAGACGCGCAAGAACAUGACCGUCGACGAGUUCAAGGGCAUUUACUUUUGGGAGUACAGCCACCGCAUGCUCGGCCGUGUCAUCGGCCUUACCUUUGCGGGGCCGCUCGCGUACUUUUUGCUGCGGAAGCGCAUGCCCAAGGAGAUGUACGGCCGCAUGGCGUUCCUCUUUGGCCUCGGUGGCUUCCAGGGUCUUGUCGGCUGGUGGAUGGUCCGCAGUGGCCUCGAAGACGUCGACGCGGCCAACCGCAAGGAGAUUCGCGUAAGCCCGUACCGCCUUGCGACGCACCUUGCACUCGCCUUUACGACGUGCGGUCUCUUGACGUGGACAGGUCUCUCGAUCCUCAAGCCGGCACUCCCCGAGCGCCUCAACCUCGAGCGCGACACGAUCACGCCGGACGCGCUCAAGCGUAUGCUCAAGGUCCGGUCUGCACUCAAGCACACGACGAGUGUCCUCGCCUUUACGAUCCUCUCGGGCGCGUUCGUCGCGGGCAUUGACGCCGGCAUGGCCUUCAACACGUUCCCCAAGAUGGACGGGCAGUGGAUCCCGGACGACCUCUUGGCCAUCGAGCCCAAGUGGCGCAACUUUUUCGAGAACACGCCGCUCGUGCAGUUUGACCACCGCGUGCUGGCGAUGACGACGCUCGCGGGCUUUUGCACCGCGUACGGCCUCGCGCGGCACCCGAACGUGUGGUGGCAGCUGCCCGCGCCGGCCAAGACCGCGCUCAACCUCAACUUGGCGGCGGUGGGUGGCCAGGUCGCGCUCGGUAUUACGACGCUCCUCAACUGCGUGCCCGUGCCGCUCGCGGUCGCGCACCAAACCGGCGCGCUCGUGCUUUUGACGUCGAGCAUCUACACGCUCCACACACUGCGCUUUGCGCGCCCCCUCAACUCGGUCUUCCACCGCAUCAAGCCCAAGAAGCCGUAA